UCCAGCCCUAACGUCUCUGCAGUCGCAAUCAAGACAUUCAACGAUGCUGAGGUUAGCUUUGGCAAUUCUACUAGCACUGUGGAGCACUUCAAGUGCUUUAACGCAGAAUUUGGCGGCUGGCGAGAGUUGCCGCACACCUGGAGGAAACCCCGGCCGAUGCACGCUGGUGCUUCAGUGUUCCUUCGUCCACCAACUGCUCAAGGACGUCAAAACAGGCCGGGAUAACCAGUACGUCAUGUCGUUCAAGUGCGGUGCGGAGUCUGGCACGAAGAAGCCGCUCGUUUGCUGUCCGGAACUCGCGAGUUCCCAGCAGUGUGGCAGCCUGACCAUGUCCGAUAACAUCGUUGGCGGUGAGGAAACCGAACUGGACGAGUACCCGUGGGUUGCGGCGCUGGCGUACAGCAAUGGCCGGGACAGCAAGUUUCAGUGUGGAGGAUCGCUGAUCAGCGAUCGGUACGUGGUGACGGCGGCGCAUUGCUUCCAAAGCAACAGCAAGUGGAAGCUAGAUUUCGUCCGACUUGGCGAGUGGGACUUGGACGCUAGUCCGGACUGUAAGGUGGACUCUGCUGGCGAGCUGCUGUGCAACGAGCUUCAUCAAGAUUUUGGCGUCAGCAAAGUCAUAAUGCACGAAGAAUUCUCACACAACGAUCGCAAAAAGCAAAAUGACAUCGCCAUCUUGAAGCUGGAUGGACAAGCUCCCACUACGAGAUCAAUUGCUCCAAUUUGUGUUCCAACUCAGGAGAUGGUCGACGGUCUGGACAUCGAGCGAACCAGAUUCGACGUCGCCGGUUGGGGCCUCACGGAGGAAAGAAUCAAAAGCAAACGCAAGCUCAAGGUUGACCUUCCUGGUCAGGACAUAUCCAGCUGCAUCAAGGCGUUCCGGGUGGACAGGUCGUUCUUCACCGAUGGUCAACUGUGCGUGGGAGGGGAGAAGGGAAAGGACUCCUGCCGGGGCGAUUCCGGUGGACCGCUGAUGGUGGUCAUGCAGAAUCGAUGGCACCUGGUUGGGGUCGUGAGUUUUGGGUCCUAUUACUGCGGUACCAAGGAUGUACCGGCGAUCUAUACCCGGGUUGGAAGCUACCUCGGCUGGGUUGCUGGGAAGAUUGAGCUGGAGAGUCGUGGGGAUUUGAAAAGUUUUGAAGAGUGAUAAAUAUACGAAUACGUU